AUGAUGAGAACGUAUGAAAUUAUAGACUCCUAUAGAAUCAAGAACCUUGAUGUGAAGACAUUGAAGUUUGAAUUCCCAUUAAGCUAUUUCAACAAAUCUUUCCCUGGUGUAGAAAUCCAAGUAGUUGCCAAUUUAGUCCAGAAAUACGAUGCCAAUCAGACCGAUAUCUUACCUUCGAAACCUAAAUUGAUAGCUUUCAUUCAAGGAGGUCCAGGUUUUCCUUGUAGCCCACCAGCUAGCAAUUUGAGUUAUAUCAAUGAAUUCAUCAGCAGAGGUUAUCAAAUGGUUUUCAUGGAUCAAAGAGGUACCGGAUUGAGUACACCUUUAAACUCCAGAAGUUUAUCAAAAUUGGUACCAAAGAAUGAUAUGUCUGAAGAUGAACAUACUAAAGCUUUACUUGACUACGUACUCAAUUUCACAGGAGCUUCAAUUGUUGAAGAUAUGGAUUUUAUCAGGAAAGAAUUGAUCGGGAAUAAUAAAUGGUCUAUAGUAGGUCAAUCAUUUGGUGGAUUCUGCUCGUUCAUUUAUUUGUCAAAGUAUCCUGGUUCCAUCAAAGAAUCUUUGAUAACUGGUGGUAUUCCUCCUGUAAAUCAUGGUCCUGAUGAUGUUUAUACUGCCACUUAUCAAAGAUGUAAGGAAAGAAACAUACAGUACUAUGAAAAGUAUCCAAAAGAUGUAGAGAGAGUCAGAGUUAUCAUGAAGUACUUGAAACAUAAUAAGGUGACAUUGCCAGAUUCUGGUACUUUGUCAGUGGAAAGGUUUCAACAAAUUGGAUUAAAUUUCGGAGGGAAAGGAGGUACUGAUAGUAUUCACACUAUUGUUAACACCUUCUAUAAUGAUUUGAAAUUAUUUGGUGAACCAGGUUACAAUAUUUUGAACACAAUCCAAGGCCAACUCGGUUUUGAUACCAAUAUUUUAUAUGCACUUUUCCAAGAAUCCAUUUAUUGCGAUGGUAAUAAUCCAACCAUUAAUACAUCCAACUGGUCUGCUGAAAGAUUAAGAUACUUGCCUGAACAUUCCCAAUUUGUAUUCGAUGAAAAAACCACUGAUCCUGUAUUUUUCACUGGUGAAAUGGUGUAUAAAUCAAUGUAUGAUGAUUACGUUGAAUUAAGACCAUUCAAAAAAUUGGCUGACGCUUUACAUUCUAAUACUAAUUGGCCGAAAUUAUAUGAUGCCAAAGUUCUCGGUAGUUUGGAAUUUAAAGAUGUUCCUAUCGUUGGAGCCAUGUACUUCAAAGAUUUAUACGUCGAUUUCAAUCUUGGCCAUAAAGUUAUCACCGAGACUUUCCAGGGUAAAAAUUUCAGACCAUAUGUCUCUAGUCAAUACUUCCAUUCAGGUGCUAGAGAUGAUCCUGUGGGGAUAAUUGGUACUUUAUUCGAAUUGUUAGAGAGUGAAAUAGAUUAG